GGUCACCAAGGCUAAGUCUGCCUCCAAGUCUUUCUCCAAGUUCUAAGUUUAUUAAAACUUAAAUAAAACGAAAGCAAUAUUUUUUUUAUAUAAUUAUUUGUGUGCGUGUUCAAUAAGAAGCACAAGAUGAAUUACUUUAUUUAAAUUUAAACACUUAAAAAUUUUCCCUUAAUUUUAUCUGACUUCAUAUUUUCUUGAUUUCUUUCCCUUUUUUCCCUUUUUCCCCUCUUGACUAAAGUAAGUUUGUUACUUAUGAUUUGAACUAGAAGUCUUUUAAUAUUUCUCAUUCAGAAAAUUAAAAAAAAAAGGAAUUAAACAUACAAAGUAUUACUUUUUUUUUCCUUUUUGAUAAACUAUUUCUUAUUAUCAGUAUUAAUGAUAAUCAGCAGCAGCAGCAAUAACUCUUUAUUAAAAUUUAAAGCCAGUGAUCAUAAUAGUAGUAAAGACGACAAUCCCCGCCUUAAUAAUAUAUUCUCCUCUUCUCCUUUCUUACUAUUAUCAAGUGACAUGAUCGUAUCACAACAAAAUACCGUGCUGGCAUGGUUACAGAAAGAGUUAACAAUCUAUAUUGAUCUCAACUUUAUACCUUCCAUCCCUCAUUCAUCUUCUUCUACAGACGAUUGGCUUGGAGAACCUCUUGUCUGUCUUGCUCAUCGCUUUUUCCCCGCCGCCCUGAAAAAAUUUGAUCAAGCAUUAUCAUCAUCAUCAUCAACAACUGCUUUAGAAUUAUUCAAAAGUCGAUGGCACAUUAAAUUUGAACGCACCAGUCAAGUUAUGCAUUACUUUAAUCUCAUCAAAACACAUGUUGAACAACAUAGGUCGCUUGCAACCAGUAUGGAACUUGAUGUCCUACAACAGCACAUCUUGGCCCCACUUAACAAGUUGUAUCACCAACUAGUUAUCACCCUUCCACCUCCACAUCAACAAGAAUCCUUAUCUACUGCUAAUUCUCCUCCUCCUCCUCCUCCUCCUCAACAACAACAAUACAGUAACCAUAAAAAGAAGAUCGAAGCGGCAUUAAAAAAAAUAGAGCAACAGCAUGAAUGGCUUCUAUUUCAACAAACAAUGGCCCGUUGUCAGUUACAGGAUGACGACGACAACACUAUACAACUUGCUAUUCAAAUUUCAACCAUUGAUGCUACUUAUAAGGCUCUUUGUAAACAAUUAUAUCAGCAGACAGCAGGAGAAGAAGAAGAAGAAUUAUCAUCGAAUACAACAACGACUCAUCAUUCACAAGAGGCCAUUAGGGUUGAGUUCACAACUAUGGCUGCCUCUAUCCAUAAUGAACUCGAAUUCAUACAGGCCAAGAUGCUCAAGACGACGACAAGCGAGGUUAGCAUUAGAGACCUUGAAGAGCGUUGUGAUAAAAUAAAACAGGUUAUACAGAAUGUGUUGCCAGAGCACGAGGCUCCAUCUCUAUCUAUAGGUGAUCAGGACAACAGAGGAUUGUUAGAAAAAUACCAACGCAUUGCGGGUUGGGUAAAGGAUGUGCGUAUUUGGUUUUUAGAAGCUGAACGGAUUCGUGUAUGGAUUGAAGAACGCAUACAUAAACUUGAGGGGAUAGCGUCCUUAUCGUAUCUAGAGGAAGUUGAGUGUGAAUGGACAUUAGAGCAGGUUCAUGAAUGGAAUGAGGCACAGCGUGAAUUAGAGGAGCAAGUAGAAUUAUUCAAUACUCAGGAUAUAGCCCGGCUACGUACUCAUGUCAAGCAACUCACAUCAGGACAAACAGACUUGAGUCCUGCUGAUACAACCACGAUUGAAAUCACAUUUACAACCCUCAUGACACUUGACAGACUCAUGCAUCUCUUGCAACGUCGCCAUCAUGAGCUUCAGAUGACUACAUUGCGUUUACGUUGGGAGGAGGCCUAUUCAAAGACAAUCGUUUGGACUCGCACGAUGACGGAUAAAAUUAAAUCAUUCACUGAAAGGGCACGUUGGAAACCGACGAUAGAUAAUAUCGUCACCCGUCUCGUUCAAUUUGAACAUCAGCUAUCGUCCUUUGACCAAGAUCAAGUUACAAAGACAAUCAACUUGUAUCAAGAGAUGGAUGAUACAAGUCAUAUUGAGCUUCCUAAUCAUUUGGAAUCAAGACAGGUCGCACUUGAAGAAGCCCUUCAAUACCUCACACAACGUCUUACAUUUGCUCGUCAAGUCGUUGAACAAACUUUGAUGGCGGAAAAUUUUUUUGAAAGGUCAGAGGAGCUGAGACAAGAAGGUGAAGCUUUAUGUCAUGAGAUGAUGAUGAUGACGACAACGGCACCAUCAUCAUCAAUAAAAAUAGAUGAAUGCAAUAUGAAGGUGACUGCAUUUCAAGAGAGUAUCAUAAGACUUGUGACAAUGAAUAUACCUUAUCCGGAAGAAAUCAUAACUGGCCUCUUCUCUAUGACACAACAAGCUGAAAAUGAAGAGGCAAAUGAGAGGAUCCAAAGAUUGAUCGAAGAUCGUAAAUCAGCUCUCACGCUCUUGAAUGAAUCACUCAAGCAAAGCCUGGUUCACUUACGACGUACCCUUCAGUUACAAAAGCGCUCCAAACAACUACAGGAUGAAAUAGUCAGAUUAGGAAGUUGGGUAGAUGAACGUCUAAAGUCAAUCGAUCAUGUUAAAUUGGAUGUAUUCAGUGAUAAUAAAUGUGCUCUAGAUGAAACAGACCUUGCUCGUUUAAAAAGGGAGAGGGACGGCCAAGUUGUGAAAUUGAAGGGAAUAAAAGAAAACGAGUAUCAGCGGCUACAGGAACAUGUUCAAGAGCUAAAACAAGUUCAUCUUUUAGAGUUAUUGGAAACAUUAGAUGAUCAAUUGAAUACUUUAGAAUACGCACUAUCAAAGCACAGUGAUCGAAUUGAUAUUUUGGAGCAACGUAUCUAUUGGGAAUCACAGCAUGCAAAGGCUUCGUUAUGGAUAUCAACCACAACUUUUGAAGUUUGGGAUUUCAUUUCUCGAAGAGCACAAUGGAGAUCAGUAGAUGAUCUUGCUUUAACUAGAUGCGAGUUUGAGGACUUGCAAGAUAACAUCCAAAGGUUUCAUGUUGAUGAACUUCAGUCUGCUAAUAUAUUAUUUAAUAAAUUAGUCUGUAGCUUUGAAUCAUUUUCGUUAUUAGACAAAAGAACUCAACAACAACCAAAUACACCAGAGCGUGUUCAAAGACGACAGGAUGCAUUAACUCAGUCAUUUCAAAACUUGUGCGAUUUGGUUGAAUUUGCAAAUGCUGUUUUACAACAACGUCGGGCUCUCAUUCAUUUCUCUUCAAGGGUAAACCAACUCCAAGAUAAAGGUCAAGCCAUUUUAAAGAGUAUUCAACAGGCCAUCACUACUAUUAUGACAUUUGAUCAUAAUAAUAAUAAUAAUGAGUCCCUUGAAGACGAUGUUAAAGAAUUUGGCAAAGAUAUUAUACAGCUUUGGUUACAAUCUGGCUCUCAGUUACCUUAUCCAACUUGCCCUGAGGAUGCUAGAUCUACACGGCCUUCCACUGAAGAUGACAAUAUAUCUUUUCAAGUUGCUAACACUGUUAACAAAAUUUACACCGAACUACAAGAGCUCUAUUCUAAACAAUUGACAGUGCAACUUCAAAAAUUACAAAGUCAUCUUGAAUAUCGCUCACAGGUUGAAGAAUGGUGUCAACAAACUAAACAAACGAUAGAUAAUAUCAAAAAACAGACUCGGAGCUUAUCAGAAUAUAGCUUUGAUUCAAGUACAGCCAUUAUUCUUCAUUCUGGUAAAGUAGUUGAUAUUGACUCAUGCCGUCAUUUAAAUCAAAGUGUGAUGGAGGACAAUGUAAAUCAGCUUGUAGAACAAUGGAAGGCACUACGAGAUGUGAAAAGCACUCACGUUGAUCUUCAUGCUCUUACAGAAGGAGUAUAUAGUGAUUUAAAAACUGCUACUGAGGCCUUGUUAGAGGCCCAAAACCAGUUCAAUCAUUGUUUUACCAAAUGUGAGAUCCGAUUACGAUGGCAAAAGCUUUGGAAACAACAAUGGCUGGCUCUCCAAGAGCUUUCGGAGAGUAUAAACGAAUGGGAUAAGAAAAGGUCCCUCUCUAUCGAUUUAGUAGCACUAGAAGAUGAAAUGCAAGGGUAUCAGAAUACGAUCAUGGAAUAUAUUGACCAACAAGCAUCACUUGAAUCACUCUAUGAUGCUCUUCUAAAAGACAAAGACGAUGUCAGCACGAAACAGCAACAAGAUCUAUACAAUCUUACAAGCAGAUUACAAGAGUCUAUUCAUGAUUGUUUGGUAGAAAUCCGAAAACUACAGCAAUACUAUAAAUGGGAGCAAUGCGUUAAUAAUGAACUCAAGGUGUGUGAGGAAUUAGUGUCUGCUAUUGAAAAACAAAUUGAAACAGACUUUCGUUGGUCAUCAACAAAUCAUCAUACUAUCAAUGAGGAACAGUUGGCCAGUUUGAAUGUUAAUAUUGACAAAGAAAUUGAUACAUUAAACAUCUUGUCAAAUGAUGUAUCGGCUCAAUCUCAAGACGAACGUCUAAAGACAGCCCAAACACAGUUAAAAAAUCACAAACUAUAUUUGAAUCAGGUUGUCAAACAACAUACUAUUGUAUGUCAUGUAUUAAAUCGUAUCCAUGAUAUAGAGUCUAUAGCAGAAAGAGUGAAAACUCAACUUUUAGUACAAGAUCAUUCACCUAACAUGAGCAAAAUACUCAAAGACUACAAAGAACAUGUAGAGCAAAUCGAUGACUAUACAAAGCAAGUUAUGAUUUAUCCCAUUUAUUAUCGUAAUGAAAAGGAUGCUGCACAUAAUGCUAUCAUACAGGAUAUGUUAAUCGAACGUCAGUCACAUUUGACUGAGUUAGGUAAUACAUUGGAAACGAUUGUACAAUCAAGGGAGCAUAUGUCGCGUUGCAAAGCAGCUGAAGCAUCUUAUUUUACAGAAGCUGAGGUUGUCUCUAACUGGAUUAGUGAAAGACGCAAACAGCUUGAACGACGACAAUAUGAAACGAUUGAAGAUUUACGAAUAGCGAUUGUACAUCAUACCAAGCCAAUUCAAUCAACAUGUAUUCAAAGUUUAAAAAAUGUGGCUCAUAAGUAUGUAUCCAUUAUCCAGGAUGAAGGUAAUAACGAUUUACAAAAAUUUAAAACAAGCAUAAUAAAGUCAAUCAUGAGUCGGCAAGCUACUAUUGAAUUAGAUUAUGAACAGCUUGUCGAAGAUAUAGCUGAAUAUAACCAGAGGCUUUCAAAGGAGCUUCAUCAUAAGGAGCUUUUGCAACUGCAAUCUCAAUUUGAAUCACAAUGUGAAGCAUUACGAAAAACGAUUGAGACUAUAUGUCUAGAUGAUAUUAGUGAGCAAGUAGCUAUCGAAUGGCAAGCAAAUUAUCUGAAAGACCUUGAAAUAGUACUGGAACAAAUCAAGACACGCAUGUCAUCUACUACUACUACUACUACUACUAUUGUGAAACAGUUUGAUGUUCUUCAACAUCAAGUAAAAGAACGUAUAAAGGUCGCUCAUCAUCAUCGUUUAAAGAAAGAAUAUUUCACAGUUAUUGAUAGCUUAAAUAACUUUCUGAAGAAUGUCAAGGACCAACUUUGCGAUUUACAGCAAAACUGUCCUUUAAUAAUUCAAGAUAGUUCUAAAGAUAAUAAGAAACGUCUUGAGGCUAUCACAAUUCAAAUCUCUAAUAUUGAUAAAGACUUUAAUCACUAUUAUGAGCAUUAUACGAAACUUAAUUUAUUGAAUCAACUUUUGCAAGAUAGUAAGGUGAAUAAAUCCCAAACGAAGUUGGAGCAACGAUGGCAGUAUAGUAAGAUACAGAUAGGAGAUUCCAAAUAUCAUCUAGCAAAUUUCAAACAAUGGGUUGAACUACAUACAAAUCUAGAUAAUAUCAGAGACAACUCACUUAAAGAUAUUCAGGACCAACUACAGGUAUUUGAUCCAACAGAUACGGCUACAUAUCUAGAUGUAUCGUUAUUAGACACAUUACGCCAUUCGCUUGACUCUUAUCAACAGACAGCUUCUCAUCUACCUGUCGAUAAAAAUUCCACUAUCUUUAAACAAAGACAUGAUGAGCUGAUGAAUAAAGUUGAAGAUGCUCAGACAAAAGUGGAUCAACAUCAAGCGAUGAUUCGGCAGUAUAGUGAUUUUGUUAGCUGUCAAGAAUCCGUUCGUAUUUGGUGUCGGCAUGCUCUUGAUGAAGUUCAAGCCAUCCUUCUUAAUGAUAACCACCAACUGGUAGGGUACGAUGAUUUAGAAACCCAAUACACACACAUCAUCAAGGCCUUCUCGAUUCGAGAAAAUACAUACCAAACAUGUGUUUAUCAACUCAAGACUGUUAUCCAGCCCCAUAUUGAUUCUUUUACAGGAAAAUACGAAACAAAGGAUAUUCAACAGCAACUUACAGAAAGUGUUGAAAAAUGGCAAGAUACUAUAGCCAAAGCUCAUGCUGCACAUGAAAUAAUGAAAUCAGUUAUAGGGCAUAGCAAAAGUGCUUAUGAUAUUCGGUCAUGGCUUGACAGUUGUCAAUUAACGAUCACCAACCUGAAUACUAAACAGACUGUCCUGGGAGUUGAUAGAUUAACACAAAAAAUGACAAAUUUUGAAAAAGUGAUUAUAUCUUUUAGAGAUAUAUCAGAAAAAUUAUUGGAGAAAGAGGAAGGAUGGAUAAAUGAUAUUGUCAGGGCUACUGCAGAUAAGGUCGAAAAUCAAUGGAUAUCUACCCGUGAUGCUCUGAAACAGUUGAAAGAAUCUACAGAUGAGUUGAUUAUGAUUCAAACGAUAGGACAAAUCAAGGACCUCGUGGAUGACACGAAAAGGUCUGUUGAAAGUAUAGUAGAAUUGCCUAAUAUAGAACAACUUGAUAAAGAAAAACUUUUAUCAUUGCCACGUAAGAUAGGAAUUCAAAAUGUUCAGAAACAAUUGAACGAGAAAGAACAAGAAAUGAUACCACAAAUCGAAAAUGAAAUAGAAAAGUUGAAUAAAACGAUAUUAUCUGGCAAUGCAACUUGUAAGCAAUCCUUUGAGGAAUUAAAACAAGAGAUGACCAGUCUGAAAGACAAAUUUGUAGAAAAAUAUAAAAUGAUCGAAAGUUUCAUGUUGUUUGGUUCUUAUUUAACUCAAGUAGAUGAGAUUUGUAUUUUGCAAAGUUCUUUAGAAGAAGCAAUUAAUCGAGCAUCACCUCAGCAUUCUAAUUUUUUAGUCAAUUCUCGUGUUGAUCUACAGGCUAAACUGAUCGAACUAGAGGCUCGCUUUAAAUAUUAUGAUCAAAGAAUCAAUCAACAUUUACAAGAAUCUCAAAGUUUAGCCCAGAAAAUUCAGAACACGAUUGUGAAUGCUUAUCUAGCAGAAAUGAAAUCGAAACAAGCAUACACACAACAACAGUACAAGACACGCAAGAUUGAGUUGAGUAGAAUUAAUACGUUAGACAAUUUUAAGAAUUCAAAUCAACAACGUCUUCGAAAAUCAUCCUUACCAACACGAAAGGCAUCCUCUUUACUAAUGAAGUCACUUGAGAUAUCUACGAGUAGCCAUGUUGUGGGUCAUCCCGUGAUACUUAAUCCACGAUUUACGUCACGAUCUGGUAGUAGUAGUGGCAGUAGCAGCAAUCAUGAUAGUAGUAGGUACUUGUCUCUACCUCCUCGUCAAUCAUCUAAAUCAGCCACUAAUCUCAAGACAACAUCAACUGCGUCAAACAUGUAUGUUGCUGAUCCCGAUAAUAUUUUAGACAUAGAAAUCGGACGUAUUGUUAAUGAAACACCUUAUCAUAUAAAAGUGAAAAUGGUUCCUGGCGAAGUAGGUCGAUAUUGGUUUGGUAAUGUAAAUCCUAAACUUUGCUAUUGUCGCGUUCUAAAGAGUAAGAUGGUUAUGGUACGUGUGGGUGGAGGAUGGACAGAAUUAUCACAAUUUCUUAGAGAUCAUGCACUUUUUGAAGGUGAAUUUAUACCCAAAAGGGAGAGAGAGCAGCAGUCUAAAUCUCCUACAUUUCAAGAAGGGUUUAUAGAGACUCAAAGAGUAGUUACAGGGAAAUAUAAUAUAGAUAAUAACAAACGAAUGAUGCUUCCUACGAGUAAUUCUUCUUCUUCUACAACUACUCAACAGAUAGGCUAUAAAGAAGGAGACAAAUUUAUUGCAGUAGAUUCAAUGGGAAAUCAACUUGAGGUACAGAUGAAAAAGGUUCCUAGCAAUUAUAUAGCCCAGAGUAACAGUAGUACAAUUUCCAAUCAUACCAAUAAUUAUACCAAAAAACGUCUUGCAAGGAAGAAAGAGAAAAAUAAGAUAAAUGAACCCAAUUCCUUAAAUGUGAAUAAAAAAUAAAAUAAAAUAAUGAAUGAAAAUGCAAAAGCAGUAGUAUAAUAUGAAUAACUAAAGAAUGAAGAAGAGACGAUGAAGAAUGAUAUAUAAAAAAAAAGCUUUAGAUUUGGUAUACGCAAAAGAAAACUACUAAAAACAAUUCUUAUUGCAU